CGGGGUGGUGUGGCCCGCUCCGAGAGGGCGGGGAGUCGCGCGCAGCACCUCCCUGCUCGGCGACACACGCACCCGGCGCGGGGAGGCGGCUGCGGCUGGGCAGGGAGCGGGCUGGAGCCGUAGCGGCGGCGACUGGGAGCCCAGCCCGGAGCAUGGCAAGGGCCGAAGAGGCCGUGGAGGCUGCCGCUGCUUUCCCCCGCUCGCCGUCUCCUCCUGCCCGGCGGGAACUUUUUCCGGCAGCCGCCGCUGGUGCCUCCCCGUGGUGGUGGUGGUGGCAGCGGCGGAGGCAGCAGCAGCAGCAGCGGCGGCGGCUCCGCUCGGCUGUGCCCCCCGGGCCGGGACUGGGGCUGUUGGGGCUGCUGUUCUCCCGCCUCUGCUGCAGUGCCUUAGCUGGACCGAUUGUUGAUCCACAUGUGACGGCAGUUUGGGGGAAGAAAGUUGCACUGAAAUGCAUAAUUGAUGUAAAUGAAACAAUUACACAAGUUUCUUGGGAGAAGCUGCAUGGUAAAAGUUCACAGACUAUUGCCGUUCAUCACCCUGAAUACGGAAUUUCUAUUCAAGGAGAAUACCAAGGAAGAGUGUCGUUUAAAAAUUACUCGCUUACUGAUGCAACAAUCGUCUUAAAAAAUGUAAGCUUUUCUGAUGCAGGAGAAUAUAUUUGCAAGGCAGUUACAUUCCCCCUUGGAAAUGCACAGUCAUCAACAAUUGUAACAGUACUGGUUGAACCUGUUGUGAGCUUAAUAAAAGGACUGAAUCCUCUGAUAGAUGGUGCAAAUCAGACAAUAGCAGCCAUUUGUACAGCAGCCACUGGAAAACCUGCUGCAGAGAUUGACUGGGAAGGAGGUCUUGGUGAAAUGGAAUCCAGCUCUACUUCAUUUCCAAAUGAAACAGUGACAGUUGUAAGUCAGUAUACUAUUGUUCCGACGCGAUUUGCAAGAGGAAGACGUAUAACUUGUAUUGUGAGGCACCCGGCUUUGGAAAAGGAGAUAAGAUAUUCUCACGUGUUGGACAUACAGUAUGCCCCAGAAGUUUCAGUAACUGGCUAUGAUGGAAACUGGUUCAUUGGAAGAGAAAAUGUUCAGCUCAAAUGUAAUGCUGAUGCAAAUCCAUUGCCUAUGGAAUUUAUGUGGACCAGAUUGGAUGGACAAUGGCCUGAAGGAUUGCUAUCUGUCAACAAUACCCUGCAGUUCAGCAGCCCAUUGACUUACAACUACACUGGGACUUACAUCUGUAAGGUGACUAAUUCCCUUGGUCAGAGAAGUGAUCAGAAGACUAUCUACAUAUUAGAUGUGCCAUUUAAGCAGACAUCAUCUGUUGCUGUAGCAGGGGCUGUGAUUGGAGCAGUCCUUGCUCUUUUUAUCAUUACCAUCUUUGUGACAGUGCUGCUGACCCCAAGGAAAAAAAGGCCAUCGUAUCUUGACAAAGUGAUUGAUCUUCCACCCACUCACAAACCAUCCUCUUCAUGUGAGGAUAGAGCAUUCUCUGUACCCCAGAAAGAAGCUAUGCUCCAGAGCUACUUUUUGCAUAUAGUGCCAAAAAGCAGUGUCUUUACUGAGCAGCAUGAAGGUUAUGUCCUUGGAGACAGAGGGAUGUCAACUUGGCAAUUGAAUUUUGAGAAAGAAAAUUUUGCUUUGCAAAGCCAGUACAGAGAGAGAGAUACUGGAAACUUGCAGUACAUGAAAGCUGUGAAUGGAAGGCAACUUAACUGCGAGGUUGAAGAGCCCCAGGAACAAGAGAGCCUUCAGCAAACGUACCCUGUUUAUGAGCAAACAUACUACAAAAAUUGGAGUAGCAGACACCAUCAGAGCUCAGGAUCUGCAAGAGUCUACAUCAAUCCGAAGGAGCAUUAUGUAUGAUUGUAUACUAAGAUAUUAAAUUUUAGGAUGUGAAGUUUUUAACACUUGUUGACUGUAUGACGAAUAUGUUUUAGUGGCUCUCAUCUCUAAAAGAAUUGAUGUUUUUUCCUGUGGGAAGAAAUUUCAUGGAGAAUUUUGUGUAGAUGUGCCCUAUGGAAUUUGUGACUGAACUGGCUUCUAGCAUUUGGUAUGUAUUUGUUUUAGUAAUUAUAGUACAAUAUCUGUCUGCCAGAAAAGGAGCCCCAUCUGGUUUUAUUAACCUUUGUUGUUUUAAAAUGUAUGAGUUACAGAUGAAUUGGCUGACACAUGCCAGAAUGUAGUUAGACUGUUUUUCCUGGUUAUUUCUGGGACUGUUCUCUUCCCCCUCCCCUCUUCCCCCCCUGUAUAUUUUGAAUGGAAAUUACUAUACUGAUGUAAAAAUGAAUAAAUAAGAGCAGGCGAACUGAAUCCCUGGUUAAAUGAGCUGUCACAGCCUGUGAAUCAGUUUUUAUAUAUCUUUUUAGAAAACUUGGGAUAACUAUAAUUUUGACUGGCCACAGCUAUUGUUUUCUCCACUACUUCUACCUCUUCCAGUCAAAUGAACAACUAGACUACCUCUCUACUACUGCUUUGUUUCAUAACAUAUGUUGUGUGUCUUCCCACCUUGUAAAAAUCCGAAGCAGUUUCCUUACGUAAGAAUUUUGUUUCCUUUUAUUUUGAUCUUGGCUGCCCACUGAUAUACUUCCUGACUGUAGUUUCAGAAUAAGUCUGUAUAAAACUUAGUUGCAGGAAGCAGGUUACUAGGCUGACAAAACUCUUCCUAAAAGUGUCUCACAUGUAACUGCACCUUACCUACAAAUUGCUAUUAGCCAUUUUCCAAGGAUUACUCCCAUUUAAGUGUUGCAGAGUUUGCUGUUGCUUGGUAAUAAAUACAUUUCAUGUUCUUUGGUUUCUUCUCAGUUUGCUGGUAAAACUCCUGCCUGGCAUAUGUUCUUAGCAAGAGAAGGAAGGCUUCUGUAGGCUUUCAGCACUAGUAGUUUUCAGCACUCUCCUUUAAUCUUAAAUUAGAUGGCAAUAGUACUUGGAAGAAAUUGGUGAAUGUCCUGAUGUUGCCAGUGCUAAUAGUAUUCCAGGUGAAAUUCUAAAGGUGUUGGUAAUGGUUGAAAAAUGUGCUCAGUUUUUUUUUAAAAGAAUUAAGUUUUCUUUGGGAGUGGAAACAAAUAUUUCACAAGUAAAAAGGGUAUAUGUGAUGUAUCGAUGCAGAAAUGAGCUCACGUGACAAUCAGUAAUUUAAGACAGCAGGAAAUAAGACAAUGAGUAAAAUUUGCUGGAGAAACUUAAGCAUAAGUAUUAGAAUAGUGAAUUUCAAUCAAAUGACCUUGAGAUUAAAUAUGGGGAGGAAUGGCUUUUUCAUACUAAACUAGCUCUUAGUUUUUAAACAUCACUUGUGCAAUAUUAGGACAUUUUCUCUACAGACAAUUUUUUUCAGGCAGAAGGGAAGAUUCAUAGCUGUAGAAGCAACAGAAUUGAAAAGUAGUAUAGUUGUGUGCUGCAGACAGUGCUAUUUUAAAACCUGUGUUCAUUUCCCUCAUUGUGAAGUUAAUGGGGUUAUUUCUGAUAUUUAAAAGUAGAUCCCACCAUAGGGGAACUACAAUAGGGAUAGGUAAGUAUUUCUAGUUUGUUGUGGGUAGCAAUUAGAAGCUCAUGGUUUAGGUCCCCAUGUUCUGGACACUGUACAAAAGACAUUGACUGUUCUCUUGCUAAGCAGCUUAAUCUUAUAUGGUGGUGAUGAAAUUGGCUACUGAGUUGGUAGCAAAGAAAAAGGUUGAGGAGAAGGACUGUUUCUGGGGAUCUUUCUUUGAACCACUGUCUAAUUUGCUCUUCUCUGAUGGAUGGGUGAGCAUAUACAUUUAAAUGCUGAGCACCUGUUCUCAAUUUCAGAGCCUGUUGCUGUGUUUGAGAUCUGAAGAAGGAUCUGUGUGCCCCAAAACUAUAUUUUCCAGUAAUGUCAGUUUAAGUUGCUAUCUCUUCCCACAACUUGUUGCCUCACUUAUCCAUAUGUUACUGCAGCUCCAAAAAAGCUAUUGCAAGAACAUAAAAAGAAAACACAAUACCAUGGCCAAAAAUUAAAGGAAAUAGAAUGACAGAAUGCUGAGAUGAAUUAUAUCGCUUCAAAUAAUUUAAACAAUAUCACUGAGCAAAACUUCAUUUAAAAUAAAUUUAAAUGUGUUACGCUAAAUUAAUCAGUUCAGUGUGAUCAUUUCAACUCCUGUUAUGUUGGCCGAUGACCCAAAAUCAGUUCUUCAUCUUUGAGGCUGGUCUUCAUUCUUCUACUGACUGUUAUUAGCAGAUACAUUUUGGUUUAAAAAGCUGAAAUGUGGGGAAAGGAGGGAGGGAGAAUGUUAUCCAAAAAUUAUAAUUACAUUAUUGUAAAAUUGUCUAUUUCUGUUAGCCUUCUGUAUAGUAGAGCAUUGAAUUGCCUUUUGAAUUUGUAAAAAUGCAAGUAAGACUAUUAAAAAAAAGUAGUCCAACUAUGUCAUUCAAGUUACAUGAACAAACUACAAAAAACUUGAAUUGCAAGCUACCAAUCAGCCUAUAGUUUGCCCUAAAGUAAUUAGGGAAAUAUAUUACUGUGGUUAUUACCUGUAAGAAACGUAAAGGGUUUUGGGGGAUAUAUUCAGGGACAUUUAGAGUAUUAAGUUUUUUGAAAUAUUGUCUACGGUUUUAACUUGAAGUGUGGGUGGAUAUUGGGAGGGAACUUAAUGUAGAAUUCUCUGAAGAGAACAGAAAAAUGUCUGCUAAUUAGGAUUUCCCACAGAAAAGGAUUGCUUAUAGAAGUGAAUUUAAUCUGCCUUUUUAAGGUGUAGAAAAUGGCUUUUUAUUUUUGUAUGUCUUCAAAUGUUUGUAUUUGGAUUUUGUUUUGAAUAAAAGCAUUCAAAAUAGAAGUUUUUCA